GUCACGUCCGGCGGCAGGGGUUAGCGGCGGUGCUUAGAGUGCGGCGGCCGGGAAGGCCCGGGCGGGAGCGGGUGUCUUGCGGCGUUGCGCCCCUCGCCUGCCUGACCCCGGACCUUGGGGUUCCGCCUGCCCGCCGGUGGGGCCCCCGGCCUGCUUUCCGCAGCCUCCCCGGAUCACUUAGUCUGACCCCGGGUGUGUGUCCACUACUAAGAAUGAAACAUGGCUGAAGACACUCAGAGAAAUUUUCGUUCUGUGUAUUAUGAGAAAGUAGGGUUUCGUGGAGUUGAAGAAAAGAAAUCACUGGAAAUUCUCCUGAAAGAUGACCGUCUGGAUAUUGAGAAGCUUUGCACUUUUAGCCAGCGGUUCCCGCUCCCGUCCAUGUACCGUGCACUGGUUUGGAAGGUGCUUCUAGGGAUCCUGCCUCCACAUCACGAGUCCCAUGCCCAAGUGAUGGCCUAUCGCAAAGAUCAGUACUCUGAUGUCCUUCACGCCCUGAAAGUAGUUCGCUUCAUCAGUGACACCACCCCUCAGGUUGAAGUCUACCUUCGGAUGUAUCAGCUGGAGUGUGGGAAGUUGCCUCGAAGCCCCUCGUUUCCUCUGGAGCCAGAGGAUGAAGUGUUUCUUGCCAUUGCUAAAGCCAUGGAGGAGAUGGUGGAAGACAGUGUGGACUGUUACUGGAUCACCCGAUGCUUUGUGAACCAGUUAAAUAACAAGUACCGGGAAUUUUUACCCCAGCUGCCCAAGGCUUUCGAACAAUAUUUGAAUCUGGAAGAUAGCAGGCUGCUGAGUCAUCUGAAGACCUGCUCUGCAGUGUCCAGACUUCCUUAUGAUCUCUGGUUCAAAAGGUGCUUCGCAGGAUGCCUGCCUGAGUCCAGUUUACAAAGGGUCUGGGACAAAGUUGUAAGUGGAUCCUGUAAGAUCCUAGUUUUUGUAGCUGUGGAAAUCUUAAUAACCUUUAAGAUAAAAGUACUGGCCUUGAAUAGUGCCGAGAAGAUAACAAAGUUUCUGGAAAACGUUCCCCAGGACAGCUCCGAUGCCCUUGUGAGCAAGGCCUUCGACUUGUGGCACAAACACUGUGGGACCCCUGUGCAUUCAGCCUGAUGGCUCCUGACCGUGUGGACUACUCCCUGCUCCCGCUUCUUCUGUGCCCCAGCAUGUUGUCCUUGUCACCUGGUCUACUAACUGGUUAGAAAUAGUGAUCUCAGUGUGGUGCUGAAAACAAUUUUUCCCUCAGUAAAAUAAUUUAAUCAAAA